AUGGCGCCGGCAUUGGUUGACCCGCUUCCUAUCCGGGAAACUCCCGAAAAGCCAAAGUUCACAGAGGGCUUCAAUAAGGAAGCCUUUAUCAGUGUCAGCACUUCUUAUGAUAACGAGGCGGAGACCAAAGGUACCGCAUCUCAACCUCCGGCCACAUACCCAAACUACCUCCCCGUUUGGGACAACGAAAAGGGCGUCAAAUACCCCCCAUGGACCCCGUUCGAGCAUUACGAUCACGGCAAAGAUGCAGACCCGUCGUUCAAAGAUCUCCUCCCAGAGGGUCAAGCGCAGGUCACCGAGGUGACACCAUUUAUUGGCUCCGAGGUUCACGGCGUGCAACUGAGCCAACUUACAGACGCAGGCAAAGACCAGCUGGCUCUCUUUGUCGCCCAGCGCAAGGUGGUCGCUUUCCGCGAGCAAGACUUUGCCUCAAUCCCCAUUGAGAAGGCGUUGGAAUUUGGCGGUUACUUUGGUCGUCAUCACAUCCACGUAACGUCUGGUGCACCCAAGGGAUUCCCAGAAGUCCACCUCGUUCACCGAGGCGCUGACGACAAGUCCGGCUUGCAAUUUUUGGAACAACACACCAACUCUAUCACGUGGCACUCCGAUGUCACUUUCGAGGCCCAGCCGCCAGGUACCACAUUCCUGUAUCUGCUCGAUGGGCCCACUAGCGGCGGUGACACCCUGUUCACAAAUAUGGCCAAGGCCUACGAGCGCCUUUCGCCCGAGUUCCAGAAGCGCCUGCACGGUCUCAAAGCUGUCCACUCCGGUUUCGAACAGGCCAAUAGUGCACAGGCAAGAGGCAGUUUUGUAAGGAGGGAUCCAGUAAUGCACGAGCACCCAAUCGUGCGCACGCAUCCUGUCACGGGCGAGAAAGCCCUGUAUGUUAACCCACAAUUCACUCGCUACAUUGUCGGAUAUAAAAAGGAAGAAUCGGAAUUCUUGCUCAAGUUUCUCUUUGACCACAUCGCUCUGUCGCAGGAUGUACAGACACGUGUCAAAUGGGCACCGGGGACAGUUGUUGUUUGGGACAACCGUGUAACUGCCCAUUCGGCGCAGUACGACUGGACCAAUGGCCAGCGACGCCAUCUCGCCCGUAUCACGCCUCAAGCCGAGCGCCCAUACGAAACACCCUUUGGAGCCUGA